CACCAAGCCGCCUAUGAGAAUAGGACAACAGGGACAUUCCCAGUUACUACUAGCGCGUGGAAUACUCGCACUUUGAACUGUACACGUGGAUACCAAGAAACCUGCAGCGUGAAUUUUGCGUGGAUUUUUUGUCGAGCCGCGCUCCUUCGUCGACUGAAUCCAAUAGAGUCCGGUGGAGGAGUCGUGGUAGAAGCCAGAGGUUGGGUCGUACGAGUACGUGGAAGGAAGGUCAGAGGCUUCUUGAGUAGUGGAUGCCACGGCACUAGACGUGGCAGGCACAGUCGAAACGGCAGAUGAAGAUGCUGUGAGAGAGUGGUGUUGGGAGGCGAGAGGUGAUGAACUGCAGACACACUGACAGAGAAGAUGGGGGAAGAGGAGAUACAACACAUGGCCGACCAACCUGGCUGAUUAGUGGAGUGGACACUCUGGUUCGAGACAUGGGAGAAAAUAGACAACAGAGAGAAAGAGAUGAAUCAGAUUACGACUGUUGUAUUGGACAAGUUUUUUGUGUCUAGACAAAGUCGGAGCGUCAAGUACCAACCACCUGAUGAUAGAUGCAGAGUUCUCUUCGAGUACACAGGAAGGCGGAGGGCAGUUAGCGUGUUUUGUAUUCAUACACACAAUCCCACAUACAAGUAUUAGCCAUC